AAGACUAUCCGGUAGAAAGCCGCUGAAGAGGCCGAUGCUGCUUUGCUAUUGCCGACGCGCAACUACAGUGGCAACAAGCUGCUUGUCGUGCUGCUAAUCCAAGUUGUUUCGUUUACAGCAAGGUAAAACUUUGGUAAAGAUUGUGUGUGCCGUGUCGCUAAGCCAUCAUGGAUGGAAUAUUUGGAAGCGACGAUUCGAGAGAAGCAUCAAGCGCAGGCUCCAGGAGCGCCUCACCAGCCUCCAGUGAGGGAUCGCGGACUCCUGCGCAACAUUCCGACGAUGGUGAACAGAGCGAGCACUCCGAUGCUGAGGAGCGUUCGGAGAAAAGCUAUCACUCGUCACCGCCGAGGAGCCCGGCGUCCGGUGACGAGUCUGGCUACGAGGACAAGGGUGAGGAAGCUUCGGGGGACGAGCGUCGUGACUCGGGCGACGAAGGCUCGGACGAAUCCCGUCAUGUGGACGACCAGUCCGGUGACGAAGGGACGACGGCUAGGACGCCUGCGCGAUCGGAGCGUCAGAGCGAAGCCUCCGACAACGAGGGCUCCGGCAGCGAGGUGCAUCGCUCCGACGAAGAGGACCGCCGUUCCGAUGAUGAAGGGCACCGUUCUGACGAUGAGGGACAGCGUUCUGAAGACGAAGGUCACCGUUCUGAAGACGAGGGUCGCCGUUCUGAAGAAGAGGGCCACCGUUCUGAAGAAGAGGGACGCCACUCCGAUGAUGAGGGACACCGCUCCGAUGACGAGGACCGUCGUUCCGACGACGAAGACCGCCGUUCAGGGGUGGCCGCGGAACGCUCGGACGCCUCCGGUGACGAAGGCAGCGCGAAUGAAGCGAGCGGCAACGAGGCGAGCGGAGACGAGGCCAGCCGCGGGGAGGCGAGCGGGGACGAGGGUUCUGUGCACUCCAACGAAAAUGAAGCACGCGCGGCGGCGUCAGGACGACGAAGCAGUAACAGGCCGGAAAAGGGCACGAAUCUCCAGCCCGAAGAGAAGGGCGAAGAAGCCGAAGUUGAGGCCCUCUUCGGUGAAGACUUGGACGACUUGAGCUCGGACGAGGAGGGCGCUGCCAAGAAGAAAGGCGGUGAGACGCCAGUGAAACGCAUGGGCAGCGAUGAGGAAGAGGAGCCGGAAGAGAAGCGAGCUGAACCCGAGCAGGGGGAAGAAGAGGAGGUGCCAGUUCCAGAGACGCGCAUUGACGUCGAAAUCCCGCGUAUUAUGACCAACCUCGGAAACGAGGUCCACUUUGUCAAGCUGCCAAACUUCCUCAGUGUUGACACGAGGCCCUAUGAUCCUCAGUGGUACGAGGAUGAAGUGGAUGAAGAUGAAGUGCUUGACGAAGAAGGAAGAGCACGACUCAAAUUAAAGGUUGAAAACACAGUCCGGUGGCGCUACGUCUAUGACAAGAUGGGUAAUCCAGUGAGGCAGAGCAACGCCCGGAUAAUCAAGUGGUCAGAUGGGCCUCACUCAACCGACAGCUUCACCCAUCGCAAGAUGACACUGUCGCUUGCUGGUCGCAGCCAAAAGACACAGAAGAUUCGAGUGCUGCCUCAGGUUGGCCAGGACCCAGAGGCACACCGCAGUGAAAUGAUCAAGAAAGAGGAAGAUCGGCUUCGGGCAUCUAUCCGACGCGAGAGCAAGCAGCGACGCCUUCGCGAGAAGUCCCACUCUCGUGGCCUCAGCGCAGCAUACCUGGAGGCUGACGAGGAUGAUGCGGCCAUUUCUUUGUCAGCCAUCAAGAACAAGUACCGUCGGGGAGGGGCUGCACUUAAGGAGCGCCCUUCCAUUUACUCUUCUGACGAUGACGCAUCUGAUCUGGAAGAACAGCGUGCUCGGCGAUUAGAGAAGGCAAAGGCCGGACCAGACAAUGACGACGAUGAUAGUGAUCUGGACUACUUUGACAAAAAGGCAGAGAGCAAGAAGGCAAAGAAGGCCAUCGAGGAGAGCGACGAGGACGACUAGGCAUCCUCACUUGUUCCAUACUGUACAUACUCGUUUUCAUAGAUAAACAUUUCUUUU